AUGGCGGAUGUGCUGGAGGCAUCUUUUCGAAUGUCAAAGCUGCAUUUCUUAGCGUCGGUGCAUGAAUUGGCCCGUCGACCAUUUACGCACGGCCGUUGCGUCCACAGCCACCGAGUGUUUCCAAACCAACAGUUUCUUUCUUUCUUUCUUUCUUUCUUUCUUUCUUUCUUUCUUUCUUUCUUUCUUGUUCAUUCAUUCUUUUUGACUUCUCUUUCCUUCUUGAAUUCUUUGAUAUCCUCUCAUUCCUCCCGUUCAACUUUCUUUCGUUCUUUUUUUUAUUCCUUCUCCUAUUCGUUAUUUCUUCUUUUCAGUUUAAACUUCAUCUUUUUACCUAUUUCUAUUUUUAAUUUUUUUUCUUCUGAAUUUCAUUCUUUUAUUUCUCUGUUCCACAAUUUUUUUCUUACUCAUAUUACGUUUUUCUUUCUUUCUUUCUUUCUUUCUUUCUUUCUUUCUUUGCAUCUGCCCUAUUUAUUUUUUUUUAUUGUCUUUUGCUUUCAUCUUUCAUCCUUUUUUUAUCAUUUGCCACCAUUCUUGUGGAUACUUUUUUCUGCCAUUGGGUUCGGUUUUUGA